AUGGGUGUUCUUCUUUUGAUUGUCGUUUAUCUUUCAAUCGUAACCAUCAACGUUUCUUCAAGAUCUGUGCUCUCUCUGCCUUUAGUAAAAAGACAAGAACCAGUGGGCAUCUUAUCAGACCAUGACCACUAUUACGAUGUGACAGCAGGGCCGGCGGGCCCUUUGCCCGCGCGAAUCUCUGGUGACGCGCCAUGGACUCAAGCAGAAAGAUCGUACAAAAAGAUGAUCGCUUGCCCAUUUGGUAUUGAUAACAAAGAGAGGGGAAUUGUGCUACUGGUUCCCGGCACGGCGGGAAAUGCCAGUGAGGUUUAUAAAUCUUCAGCUUAUUACCAAGUUUUACCAUCGCAAGGAUUUGAUGUAUGCUGGGUAGAUACACCCAAUUAUUCGAUCAGCGAUAUGCAAUUGUCGGCCGAAUUUGUCGCGUACGCCAUCAAGAGUCUCGCACCCCGAUCUACACAAAGUGGGGGUAAGAUCAACAUUGUUAGCUUUAGUCAAGGAGGUCCGAAUGUCCAGUGGGCUUCGACUUUUUGGCCUUCAAUUCACAAACUUGUCAGAGGGCACAUUUCACUUGCCCCCUCUAUGAAGGGCACGGCAUCCAACCUGCUCCUUUGCCCUGGAUCUACUAUCGCCGGAGGGUGUUUGCCUUCCAUUUUACAGCAGUCAAUGGGCUCAACGUACAUGAAUGCAGCUAACAGCAACAAGGACACCCGUAGUGCGGCCUAUGCGCUUAUCCCCACAACGAUCAUCUACACGACCAGCGAUGAAAUUGUGACACCUCAGUUGGGUAGUUUGGCAUCCUCCCGACUGAUCGGGGCUUCCAACAUAGCUCUUCAGCAGAUAUGUCCGUUGUCUGUCAACGUUGAUCAUUUCGGCAUGCCAGGGGAUGUUGGAGCCUACGGCAUUGCACUUGAUGCAUUGUUAAAAGGACGCCCGGCACAGCCAUCCACGGUGGAUGUCUCAUAUUGUACGAAAACGGCCUCGAGCUUGGGAUAUCAAGUCGGUAACUCGGAAAACAAUCUCCGGUUUGCCUUCCGUACCGCAGUUGGCAACCAGAGAGACCAAAUGAUCUCUUCACAAUAUCAGACCCUGCGAGUACCGGCCGAACCACCGCUUCAGAAAUACGUGUGCGACCGUGGAUACGCCUCUUCCGGAUGUACCCAUAAUGGAUUCAGAGACAAGCCGACGAAGUCAGUGUUUCCCGGAUUCCCUUGA